AUGGAUAUUCGACUUUUGCGCAACUCGGACCUGCCGCUGAUUCAGCACGCCAACCUCGAGAACCUCCCCGAAAACUAUUUCCUCAAGUACUACCUCUACCAUGCCCUGUCAUGGCCGCAGCUCAGCUUCGUCGCCGUCGACGUCUCUCGCCCGAGCAAAGGUCCCUACGACUACCCCAAGAUUGUCGGCUACGUCAUUGCCAAGAUGGAGGAGGAACCGUCCGACGGUAUUCCCCACGGUCACAUUACCAGCCUGAGCGUCAUGCGCACGCAUCGCCGGCUGGGCAUUGCCGAGAAGCUGAUGCGACAAAGUCAACUCGCCAUGGUGGAAACAUAUCAGGCCAAGUAUGUCUCGCUCCACGUCCGCGUGUCCAAUGUCGCCGCCCGCCACCUCUACGAGACGACGCUCGGUUUCAAGACGGAGAAGCCCGAGGCCAAAUACUAUGCCGACGGCGAAGACGCGCUCUGUAUGCGCCUCGAUUUCGACCACAUCAAGAAGCAGAUUGACGCCGAGGAGGAGGAGAGGGAACUGGCGGCAGAGGCGCAGACGAAUGGCAGCAAGACCAACGGCGGGGAACACUUGGAUGAGGGUGAGGCUGUCGGCGAGGUCGGCCGAGACCCAGAGGCUGGCAAGAAGAAGAAGCUGCCAGUGGGACGAAGCAAGGAAGAGAGCAAGUAA